ACUCAGUGUUCUGUGGAAUCUCUUUGUUAUCAUUUGUUGGUGAAAAACAGUGACAGAAGUAAAAUGUUAAACAGAGGACAAACAAAAAGAAAGUAAUCACAUAUUGCAACAACAUCCACCCCCAAGAGCUUCUGCUGUAGCUGUUUAAACACUGACUCACAUCACAAGCUCCCUGCUUUGUAAUACAUUUGAUAACAAUAGCAAUUCUGAAGGGUGAAGCUAGACUAUAAAUAUGACAUCCAAAGACAUGGCAUAAAUCUCACUCUACUGUCAGUAAAGGUUUUAUUCAAACAGGUAUUUAAAGGAUUCAGAGGUGAGUGAAGUAUAGAUAUAUGUGCAAAAAUACAACAGAGAUGUGGUUUUAUAUGUUUUUCAUUUGCUCCUUUUUACACUUAAACUAUCGUUUCCUCAUCAGCGAUGGAGCUGAGGCGAUGGGUCCCUUUUCUGUUGCUGCAUGGUGAGUCUUAAAUCCAACUGCUUUUGCAUAAAAUACUUCACCUUACAGAUAAUAAUAAAUUCAUGCUCUUUCUUAAUUUCAGUGAUCCAUGAUGUCCAAUCUUCUAGCAGCCAGUGGAUUGCAAACGUACCAACAAAAAUUCCUGUCCUGCAUGGAUCCUGUGUGGUUAUUCCCUGCAUCUACAAUUACCCCAAGCCCAUCUCCAAACAGCCCCUGAACAGGCGGACGGGUUACUGGAUGAAAGGGAGAAAGGUUGUCUCAACCACUAUCCCCAAAUGGAAACUGCCUAUGGAGUACAAAAAGCGAACCCAAUUUUUGGGAGAUUUGCAAGCACGCAACUGCACCAUGUUGCUAGAUGGCGUCAGGACGACUGAUGUGGGCCCUUUCUACUUCAGGAUCGAGAUGCCACAAUACAAAAGCUUCUCCUAUAAAAGAAAUGCAGUGUCCAUUGAUGUCAUACGUGAGCCACAGCCUCCAUCUCUGUCUGUGAAGGUGAAUGAUCAAGUAACAGCCUCCUGCUCCGUGUCCCACGCCUGCCCAGUGAUUCCCCCUCAACUAUCCUGGAGCCGCUCAGGAAUCAUCACCCGACGUUCAAAGAGGUUGAACGUGUGGAUGUGGGAAACAAUGUCAACCCUGACUUUUCCCUUUCGACCUGCCGACGUCAACAAGCCGCUGAACUGCACAGUACAGUACAGAGGACGCAAGCAGGCGAUGAGCUCCACGAUUCUCAAAAUAUGAUAUAAGCCCAUGUGCAUGACCUAAAUAUCACCUUUUAUUCGUUGGUAAAUUAAUUCAUGCAUCAAGAAGUUUCAAAUCUGUAGUUAAAUGUUUUACGACUCUAACAUUUGUAAAAGUUUACUCUCCUUAGAUAUUGAUAUUUACUCUGAUGUGGCAUGAUGACAGAAAUAUACUAUUGGAACAAAGGUGAAAAAGUGAGUAAAUUAACAAACACGAUCAGUUUUAGUUAACACCUCACUGCACACUGUAAUGCCUUUUGCUCUGACAUUCCCACAAUUAGUUAUUUACCAUCUACUGUUUUGGUGUGUUUUAAUGUUUAAGGUCUCUGUCAAUGUGAU